CAGUAGGUGGCGGCAUGCACCUCUAACUUUUGUUUGCGAUGUCCAUUAUAUUAUAGAAGAAAAAGAAGACUUCCUCAAUUUCUCACUAGCAAAAUGGUUCCCCCAGUUGCAGUCUCUCCUGUCAUCAAGACGGCCAGGUGGUCAUUCUUGCUCAUUGGCAUGUUUUAUGGCAAACAAAGAUAUGACUAUCUGAAGCCAAGAGCAGAGAAAGAGAGGCUUGUUGAGGAGGCAGAGAAGAAGAUCCGAGAGGAGCAAGAGAAAAUUGCCAAAGCACUUGCAGAAGCCUCUGAAGACACCAUCCUGAAAUGAACUGCCUAUGGAUUCUGUUUGAAGAAUAAUGAAAUAAAAAACAUAAGUAAUUUAAUGUAUUUAAUCAUUAUUCUUGGAUAUAUCUGUUAAGAUAGUAAUGUGUUUUGACAUCCAGAUUCAUUUUUAUAUAUAUAUAUAUAUAUAUAUAUAUGCGCCAGAUGUUUCCCAAAUAUCCUAUAUGAAACCUAGCUGAAACAUUUUGUAUAGUUAGAGGUGUUAGUCUCAAAUCUGAAAAUGCACUGCUCAAAAAAAUAAAGGGAACACUUAAACAA